GAGCAUGUUUAGGGCUUUAGGGUGCCGCGAUUGAUCGAUGGAGGCGCAGUGAUUAGGCGGCGCGCCAAGGGCAUUGCGGUGAAUUUCGACUGAGGGUUUGUGCGGCAUUUCUCUCCAGGCUGUCGAUCGCUCCGGCUGUGACUGUUCAGCUAGUUCUAUGGAUGAUGACGAUGUCCAAUUCGUUCGGAGCAAGCGGAAUCUCAAGAAUGCGCAGAGAACGGCUCUAUUGGAGAAGAUAGCUGACGCCAGGGCCGCUCGCGGUAGGAAAGCGCCGUUGGAUGAGGAACAGGAUGCUGGAAGUAUGUUUUGGCCGGGCGUGGGAGAGAACGAUGCUCGAUUGUUUGAAGACUCAGUCUCAGAUGAAGAAUGCGCGUCCUCAGUUUCUACUGCCAGGAAGGAAUCCACCAGAACAAAGCAGUCAGAUACAUCAGUUUUGCAUGAAUCCUUGACAUCCUCAGCUCCCACUGUCAGGGACGAAACCGCCUCCUCAGUAUCUACUGCCAGCGAAGAACCCGUCAGAUCACAGCACUCAGAGGCAAACAACACCAAAGUGCCGGGAAGGAGAAGGCUUUGCAAGGUCAAGGAGCGUCAUUCACCCCUUCCAAUGGCCUCGGAACUUGCUGCCGCUCAACUGGUAGAGCUGCCAAGCGAUUCCAACGACAGUCAUUCGCUAGAAACUGACGACGGUGUUGACUAUCUUCUGUGCGAGAAACUCGGUUCCAUGUCGCUGACGAUGAAGCAACAAAUAUCAACGACAUCUAGAGACACUUUCGAGUCCGCCAACAGUGCAGACUAUGGAUCAGCUACAUCGUCUCUCGCGGAGGUGUCCAAGGGGGGCACUGAUGACGUUCUCGAGAUUUCUUCUUCAAGUUUAUCCAAGAAGUCCAACAAGUCAGCUCUCGAUCUAGUACUUGGUGAAGGAAGGUGGAAAUUCAUCCUCCCCGGGAAUGUUUCUUCUAUCCUCUAUGAGCAUCAACAUGAAGGUCUACGUUGGCUGUGGAGAUUGCAUCUUCAGCGUCGAGGAGGAAUUCUGGGAGACGACAUGGGCCUUGGUAAAACCAUGCAGAUUGCUGCAUUUCUUUGUGGCCUGUUUCACUCUAAGCUUAUUAAGAGGGCACUUAUUGUUGCGCCGAAGACGUUGAUACCUCACUGGGGCAAGGAGCUCAAUGUGGUGGGACUUGGAAGAAAAGUUAAAGACUACUCGGGGACGUCUAUAAGCGUCCGGGAAUCUAAUUUGGAUCGUAUAUUGCAGGCCGGAGGAGUGCUGCUUACUACAUAUGAUAUUGUUCGCCACAAUACUAAUGCUUUGAAAGGUGAAUACAACUUUGAUGAUGAUGACGUGACUUGGGACUACGUAAUUCUUGACGAGGGCCACCUAAUAAAAAAUCCCUCAACUCAACGUGCAAAAAGUCUGAAGGAAAUUCCGAGCGCUCAUAGAAUCAUUAUAAGUGGCACUCCCAUACAGAACAAUUUGCGAGAAAUGUGGGCUCUUUUCGACUUCUGCUACCCUGAACUUCUAGGCGACCGAAAGGAGUGCGUUUUGAAUGUACCUUCGCUGGUUCUUAUGCUUAACUUUGUAAGGUGCAGAUUCAAGGCGAAAUACGAAACUAUGAUUUUAAGUGGCAACGAUAAGAAUGCAACCGAUAGGCAAAAGAGAAUUGGAGCUGCCGUUGCGCAGGAGCUUCAAGACAGAUUUGCUCCGUACUUUUUGCGUCGCCUGAAGAAGGACGUUUUUCCGAAUACCGGUGAAGAAACACAGCAGCUUGCAAAAAAGAAUGACAUAAUUGUAUGGCUGCGAUUGUCUCAACGUCAGCGUCAAAUGUACACUGCGUUUUUAAGAAGUGAAACAGCCCAAGGGUCCCUGGCAGGUUCAGCCAAGGGUUCUGCUUUAGCAGCAUUGACGAUUCUCAAAAAAAUUUGUGACCACCCUUUGCUCUUGACAAAGCGGGCGACUGACGAUGUGGUGGAGGGCCUCGAGUAUUUAGAUAGUACCGACAUUGCGGCCGCAGAGGCUAUGAGAAAAUCGCUUGCUGGUUUAGCAGAGCCCGAGCCGGACAGUGAUGGAAAUAAACACUCGUGCAAGAUCGUAUUUCUUAUGGCUCUUCUGGAAAAUCUUGUGCAAGAGGGCCAUAGAACACUGGUGUUUGCUCAGACUCUUAAGAUGCUUGACAUUAUCCAGGAAGAGAUAACGAAACGGAGGUAUAGCUUUUGUCGUAUAGACGGCAAAACAAAAGGUUCCGAGCGUCAGAGGAUCGUUGAGGAUUUCCAAACUGAUGGCUGUACAGUUUCUAUAUUUCUGCUUACAUCUCAAGUUGGAGGAUUGGGACUUACGUUGACAGCUGCAGAUAGAGUUGUCAUUGUAGAUCCGGCUUGGAAUCCCAGCAAGGACAACCAAAGUGUCGACCGAGCAUAUCGUAUUGGACAGCUUCGGGACGUCAUAGUUUACCGCCUGAUGACAUCCGGCACAUUGGAGGAGAAGAUUUACAGGAAGCAGGUUUUCAAAGGAGGCCUCAUGAAAGUUGCUACCGAACGUGCAGAACAAUUCCGAUACUUUUCCCAGCAGGACUUCCGAGAAUUAUUGACUGUUCCGAAGACUGGUUUCGACAUUUCUCCUACGCAGCAGCAGCUGUAUGAAGAGCACGCCAGUCAGUUCGAAGUAGACGAAGAACUCGCAAAGCAUAUUAAGUUCCUGGAACGCCAAGGAAUCGCAGGCGUGAGUCACCACGACCUUUUGUUUUCCAAGGCUGCGCCAGAAUUACCUCCUGCCGCCGAUGAAGAAGUCUCUGCCACCGCCAGCGUCUCAAGGAUGGCUGGCUCGCUAUCUUCCAAACUAAAAAAUAAGCAAGUGGAGGACUACUCUGGCUCUGCUGCAUAUCAGCCGCAAAGCAACUACUGGAAGGGAACGCAAAGAGUGAAUCUGGUGGACCUUGAUGAUAGCCAGAUGAACGUGAGACAUUUGCAAGAUAACAUCAAUAGGCUGUCCUCCAUGCUUUCAAACCGUAGCCUGGUGUCAAAGCUGCCGGAUGGGGGAGAAAACAUCAGGAAGAAAAUGAAAGACCUGGAAAUCGAGCUUGAAGAAGCAAGCCGCGCGCGAGAGAAAGAGAUAGUCGACGUGGACGAGUUUGCUAGUGCAUUUGACAAGCUUCACGUCAUUGUUUGAUUGAUCGAUCAAAAGAUGUUAGCUUUACAACAA